AUGAAUACAGCCCCUAUUGCUGUUAUUGGAUUUUCGUUCAAGCUGCCUCAGAAUGUCGAGGAUGACAAUAGUUUCUGGGAUAUGCUCGAAAAACGAAAGAACCUGAUGACUGACUGGCCUAGGUCUCGAGUUUCUAUCGAUUCUAUAUAUGAUAGCGAGUCCACUGGGCCUAAUGUUUUACGUUCCCGUGGAGGGCAUUUCUUGGCUGAAGACCCGACAGCAUUUGAUGCCCCUUUCUUUGCCAUUACACCGGCUGAAGCAUCUGCCAUGGACCCGCAGCAGAGACUAGUCUUAGAAUCGUCUUAUCAUGCUCUUGAAAACGCUGGUAUUCCCAUGGAAAAUCUUAAUGGGUCCCUCACAGCUGUCUUUGCUGCAUCAUUCACUACCGAUUUCGCCCAUCUACAUGCUAAAGAUCCGGACUCGGCACCACGUGCAAUUGCCACCGGUACGGCUUCUACUAUGUUGCCUAACCGGGUGAGCUGGUACUUCAACUUACAAGGCCCGAGUAUUCAUGUAGAUACUGCCUGCUCCUCUAGCUUAACGGCGUUGGACAUGGCUUGCCAAUCACUACGCAGUGAAGACGCGUCUAUGGCAUUUGUUAUUGGCUCCAACCUAUUAUUGAGUCCUGAGCAUUCAUUACAUUUUUCAAGUGUCAACCUUUUAUCACCGGAUAGCGUUUGUUACAGCUUCGACCAUCGCGCAAAUGGGUAUGGCAGAGGCGAGGGUAUUGUUGCUCUCCUCUUGAAGCCAUUGUCGGCUGCCCUUAAUGAUGGCGACAUGAUCAGAGCCGUGAUACGAGCAACCGGCUCGAACCAGGAUGGGCGUACGCCAACUAUCAAUCACCCAAGUGCGGAUGCCCAGGAAAGGUUAAUUCGGAGGGUUUAUAAGAAAGCCGGGCUAGGAUUCGGAGCGACUCGCUAUGUUGAAGCUCACGGCACUGGUACCCCUACUGGAGACCCUAUUGAGGUAGAAGCUAUCAGUAGAGUCUUUAAAACCUACCAAUCUAGACAACAGCCCCUCUUCAUGUAUGGUUCCGUCAAGUCGAAUAUGGGCCAUUUAGAAGGAGCGAGCGGCCUUGUAGGUGCAGUCAAAGCCAUCUUGGCCUUAGAAAAGGGCAUGAUUCCUGCGAACGCCCUAUUUGAGAAAUUGAAUCCCCGCAUAGAGGAAUAUUCUGAUCAUAUCACGAUUCUCACUACAAAUACUCUUUGGCCAUCGCAGGGGGUCCGUCGAGCCUCAGUGAAUUCUUUUGGUUUGGGGGGCUCCAAUACCCAUGUCAUACUAGACGACGCAAUGAGUUACUUCGAAGGCCAUGGGAUCCUAGGGGCUCACAAUUGUACCUCACACCCCGAAUUAGUGGGAUCGCCUCGUUGGGGGCGUGAAGGAGAGGUUGCAACUUCACCUAAGAUCUUCGUGUGGACCGCGGCGAGCGAAGAUGCGAUCAAUCGGCUAGUUCAAAGUUAUGGCCUAUACUAUCGCACGGAUAUUGCCAAUGACUCCGAAAAGCUGGAUAGACUGGCUUACACUUUGUCCAAUCGUAGGAGUAUAAUGCCUUGGAGAACAUUCGCCAUUUUGGGUGGCGACUCAGUCGAUAAGGCCUCCAUACCUGAGCAACUACCUGUAGUAAAACCAUGUCGGGCUUCAGCCUCUAUCGGAGCCGCGUUUAUUUUCACAGGCCAAGGCGCACAAUAUGCCCAUAUGGGAUCUGGCCUGCUUCGGUAUACAGUGUUUAGAGAAGCUCUGGAGCGGGCCGAUGAAGCCUUUAAACAACUCGGAUGCCCCUGGUCUGUAUUUGAGGUAAUCGAAAACAAAGAGAUUAUCAACCUUCCGGAAUAUAGCCAGCCGAUAUGUACAGCUCUCCAGAUUGCUCUUGUAGAGCUUUUGAAGAGUUUCGGGGUUACCCCGGUGGCCGUGGUUGGGCAUUCUUCUGGUGAAAUUGCGGCUGCCUAUGUAAUAGGGGCCUUGUCUUUACAAUCAGCUUGCAAAGUUUCCUACUUCCGUGGGAAAUUAGUUUCCGAGCUUUGUAGAAGCACUUCCAACCCAGGAGCAAUGAUGUCCGUUGGCUUGUCAAAGGACCACAUACCAAUUUACCUCGAUAAGGUAAAUCCGUCAAUCCCGAAAGAUGAGAUCCAUAUAUCAUGCAUAAACAGCCCGACGAAUUGCACAGUAUCAGCAACGGAGAGUUUGAUCGACCAAUUGAAAACAAAACUUGAGCUAGACGGCGUAUUCGCUCAAAAGUUGAACACGGGUGUAUCUUACCACUCACCAGCAAUGGAGGAAAUAGCCGACAGAUAUAAGGAAUUGAUGGGAUCUCUCCAAAUUAACGUCGGCUGUGAUCCCGCUGCGAUCAUGGUGUCUUCCGUUACCGGUGAACUAAUUUCUCCUGAAAUACUCUCUAAAGCCCAAUAUUGGGUAGACAACUUGGUAUCCCCAGUAAGAUUCGCAGACGCAGUUAUCACCCUCAUGCAACAAUGGGUCGAGCCCCUUACCAACAUGAUUGAGAUAGGCCCACACUCCACGCUGCGUCGACCAGUACGGGACGCCGUAAACUCCAUAUCACAGUCUAUCAGAUACCACACAGUGCUUAAUAGAUCUAAGCCCUCAAUCAUAAGCACCCUAGAGCUUGCCGGCACGUUCACGAAACCACCUAGGAUAUUAGUGGAUUGCCCUAAGUAUCCUUUUGAUCAUUCGCGGAUAUACUGGGAAGAGCCCCGUUUCGCUCGUGACUUCCGGUUACGCGGAGGAACUUCUGGGCGUAUCUUGGGAAGACGGGUAUACGAUUGGAACCCUUUAGCACCGCGAUGGAGGGUGCUUUUGAGCCUAGAAUACUUCCCAUGGCUAGAAGACCACACCAUUGGCAAUAUGACUCUCCUUCCCGGUGCAGCUAUGCUAGUGAUGGCGGUAGAAGCAGUACAAGAAAUAUCAGCGAAAAGCGAAGAAAUCUCCGGGUUCUUUAUCAAAGAAGCGCAGUUUCUCAGUCCUAUAGUCAUCGAAGAAGCUGCCAAUGGUACAACGGAAGCAUCGCUCCACCUGCAUCGAUUGCAACAACCACAUGAGAAGGACUCGAACUUGUUCGAGAUCACCAUAUUCUCGUACCGGAAAAAUAUCUGGGAUAAGUGCUUUAAGGCAAUUAUCGAGUCCCAAUAUCAGGUAGAUGCCGAUGAAAACCGCGAGGCACAAUCAGAGAAAGAUGCAAUUCUCCAACGUUUUGACGUAUCUGCCAAUCCAAACGCUGCGACCAUUGAGUUAAGUGCGUUUUACUCUUUCUUGGAGAAGACAGCGAUCAAAUACGGUCGAUCGUUCAGGCUUCUGCAAGACAUACGGUGGAAUGGUCCCGGUUCUUCCACAGCUAGGAUUGAUGUAUCAGCGCACAAAGGACGUGAUAUUGUUCAGCCCCCGGUUCUCGACGCCGCAAUUCAUAUUGCUCUGCUUGACGCUUCAAAGGGGCUGUUUGAAUCACCUCCUAGCCUUGUCCCUCAGAAGCUGUCCAACACAUGGAUCUCAGCAAAGGGCUGGGAUUGCAUUCAGGCCCCGUCAAUUCGUGUAUUGUCGGAGUCGAAAAUGCAAGGCUCGAGUUUCGAGGCGAUGAUUCAUGUCCUUGGAGACGAUAAUGCGCCGUUAUGUUCCAUGGAAUGCCUAGUCAUGGCUCCCGUAACAUCACAGACUAACGCAUCGGAAAACGAGCAUCGAAAAUUGCUCCAUAAUAUCGAGUGGAAGCCGCAAUUGAGCUCUUUGGACCCUCAUCAGUUACAGGAUUUCUGUGACUCUGCCUCUUCAGACACCAUAAACGUAGAUGCGGCUUCAGUCUCUGAGUUGUAUCAAAACAUCGAGCUUGCUAUGGUCACAGCGGCGCAUAAGGUGUUACAGGAUUUGAAAUGGCCAGAGGAACCUCUAGAUAAGCCACGUCACUUGAGUAAACUAGUAUCCACUAUAAGAUACCUCUACCGACUUCACUAUAAAUCUGAGGGUGCUGGGGAGAUGAGCGACGAGGCCAUAAACACAACAUGGAAAAGUCUCGAAACCUUCAAGCCAGGAUGGAAAAUAUUCCCCGCCAUAAUUGACAAUCUCAAAGGUAUUCUCUACGGAGAAAUCGAUCCGUUGCAAGUUCUCUUCACAGAAGGCUAUGCCGAGACCUUCUACAGUUCAAUCUUUUCCGAUUUAUGUAGCGAAAAAUUCCGAAGAUUCGUUGACGUACUGUCGCAUGAGAACUCGGGCCUUCGAAUCCUCGAAAUUGGCGCCGGCACGGGUGGAUUGACACAGCAUGUUCUGUCGGCAUUCCAAGCGCUAGAAGAACAAACCGGAACUUCUAGAAUUUCCGAGUAUGUGUAUACCGACAUAUCCUCUGCUUUUUUCGAAAAUGCUAGGUCCAAGUUCCAACACUUCGCGGGGAGGAUUAGUUUUAUGAAACUUGACAUUGAACGUAACAUUGAGGGGCAGGGGCUUGACUUGAGUGACGGUUACGACGUCAUUAUCGCCGGCAGUGUCCUCCAUAUCGCGACAGAUUUAUCCACUGCUCUGCAAAAUAUCUAUCGUGCUCUUAGACCCGGGGGAUACCUUAUCAACGCCGAGAGCACAAUCCCAGAAAGUGCUGCUGCAAAUAUUGGAUUCGGUGUCUUACCAGGCUGGUGGCAAGCCAAUGAAGACUGGCGUGCACAUAGCCCCCUCUUAAAAGAAUCGCAAUGGGAGAAGAUCUUGCGAGAUACGGGGUUUUCCAAGAACCUUCUCACUCUCAGGGACAGUGGAAGUGAUUUAUACCAUAUAUUCAGCCUCAUGGUAUCAACCAAACCAUCGCCACGGGAGGGGAUUUCAGGUCGACAACCCAUAGUCGUUAGCAACAACUCGAAAGAGCAAUAUGCGUUGGCCACAACAAUGCGCCAUGCGCUUGGUGCUAUUACCAUGCCUCUUGACCGCUUGCAUCCGGAGAGGAUCACUACAGAAGACAUUGUUGUUGUUAACCUCGAUAUUGGCAAACCGUUUCUUGCUAAUAUGUCGGAUACCGAGUUCUACGCGAUCCAAGAGCUCGUGAAAGCAGCCAAAAACUUGGUAUGGAUUACGGCAACAGGUAUUGAAGAACCAAAUUAUCCUCAUUACCAAGCCACGACAGGGUUCAUAAGAACCCUGCGAUCAGAAUCUUUUGACAGGCGUUACGUGACGCUAUUGAUCGAGUCGACCCCUCCCCAAACGCCAGAACAGAUCGUGGGCCACAUCGAGAAGGUUUUCGAAGUCCUCUCUAGAGAAACUUCAAGUUCGGAGCUGGAGUUCAUUGUCCGUGACUCAUGCUUGAAUAUCGGGAGAUUAGUGGAGGGACCCAGCUUGAACGAGGAAUUACGAUCCUUAGCUACUCCACGCCUGAGAGAAGAAUCCUUCGGUUCAAUACCUGCUGUAAAACUAUCUACUAAGGCAAAUGGCCCCCUAGAAACUUUUCAGUUUAUGGAAGAUCUCACUUACGACGCACCAUUAAGUCCAAAUGAAGUUAAGAUCAAGGCAAAUGCAUGGGCUCUUAGUUUCCGGGAUCUUUUCAUAGCCUUAGGACGAUUGCCAAAGGGAGGCAUGGGCUAUGAAUGCAGCGGCGUUGUAACAAGAAUCGGUACUGAUGUCGCGUUGGCGGCAAGUCUACAAAUCGGAGAUAGGGUUGUCUUGUGUUCGACGGGAGGGAUGCGUACCUAUCCUCGGGCAGACGUGCAGGACGUAUUCAAAAUCCCGGAGGGAAUCUCCUUUGAGGAUUCCAUCGCUGCUAUAACGCCGGGCAUAACAGCCUAUCACUCCUUGAUCAACGUCGCUCGGAUUCAAGAAGGCGAAAGCAUUCUAAUACACUCAGGAGCGGGAAGUACAGGCCAGAUAGCCAUCUGGAUUGCGAAAAUGAUUGGCGCUAACAUCUUCGUUACUGUUGGCUCCGACCAAAAAAAGCAGUUACUUAUAGACGGCUUCGACAUCCCGGAGGGUCAUAUCUUCAAUAGUAGGAGGCCAUCUUCUUUUGCAAAGGGUAUUCUGAGGGCUACGGCGGGGCGUGGUGUUGAUGUCAUUCUGAACUCGCUUUCGGGGGCUGGCCUUAGGGCGUCGUGGGAAUGCAUCGCGCCCCAUGGUAGAUUCGUUGAAAUCGGGAAGACAGAUAUAAUGGCAAAUUCAUCGCUGCCUAUGUCAAAUUUUGCUCGGAAUGCCUCGUUCUUUGCCGUCGAUAUCUUCCAUAUUUCCCAGUCAAACCCAACGCUGAUGCGUGCCUUAACCUCUCACGUGAGAAAUCUUCUGGCCGGCGGGAAUAUUCGCAAUCCCACGCCACUUCAUUGUUAUCCAGCCUCGGACGUGGAGGGGGCUUUCCGCUUCAUGCAGAGCGGGGCAAACACAGGGCGAAUCAUUAUCAAAGCAAAUGAAUCGGACGUUAUACCGACAUUUCGCCGACGGCAAACAGCAUGGACCUUUGAUCCUAAUGCUUCAUACCUUGUUGCUGGUGGAUUGGGAGGUUUGGGAAGAGUAAUAAUAAAAUGGAUGGCUAAAAAGGGGGCUAAGCAUUUGAUUCUGCCUUCACGAUCAGGUAUAAAAACUCAAGCCGCGCAUGAUGUCGUCGCUGAAUUGAAGGAGAAUGGCGUUUCCGUUAUGACACCGAAAUGUGACAUAUCAGUCAGUUCUUUGACGGCCGUCCUUGCUGAAUGCGCUCACACCAUGCCACCUAUCAAGGGUUGUAUAAAUGCAGCCAUGGCUCUCCAGGACUCCACCUUUGAAAAUAUGAGCUAUGGGCAAUGGAAACGCACGAUUCAAUCGAAGAUCGACACAUCCUGGAAUCUGCAUAAACUCCUGCCGCGGUCAAUGGAUUUCUUCGUCCUACUCUCGUCGUUGUCCGGCUUUUUGGGGAGUGCAUCCCAGGCGAAUUAUGCAGCUGGGUGUACGUUUCAAGAUUCUCUAGCACGGUAUCGAACGUCUCAUAGAGAAAAAGCAAUCAGCAUAGACGUUGGUUGGAUGCGUACGAUUGGGAUAGUUGCUGAGACGAAAGAGUACCGUCGGGUAAGAAAUGUCGCCCGAGAUAUGUGGCCUAUUGAAGAAGAAGAGAUCUUGUCAUUACUUGAUCUUUGUUGUGAUCCUUCAUUACCAGUCCUGUCCCCAGACAAGAGCCAGCGGCUGAUCGGCACCAAAACUCCCUUGGAUUUUAUCGCACAAGGGGAGGACCCGAUUCCAGCUGUCAGUACCCCAAUGUUCGCAGCAUUUAGAUCAACUAGGAAUGUUUCUCAGGCUGGAUCGAAACGCGGGCUUAGCAACGAUGGCGCUCUCUUCAAACAAGCGACGGACUCGCCCGAGCGAAUAGCGAUCGUUGUACGAGCGAUUCGCUCAAGGCUAUCCACAGCUUUAUCCAUCGCUCUAGAUGAUGUGGACACGGACAAGACACUCUUCGAUUAUGGAAUAGACUCUCUCACGGCGGUCGAGUUUAGAAAUUGGAUUGGAAGAGAGUUCCAUGCCAAUCUGACUGUCUUGGAUAUUAUGGGAAAGGCUAACAUCUUGGAGAUAGGUAGAGUGGUGGCGGAGAGGACGUCAUUAGCGAGCUAA